GAUUACCCGCGCGAGGAAGGUGAGAGAGAGAAGGCAGGAGAGGGAAAAGAAGACGCUACUUCUGACUAGUAGAAGUAGGCGACUUUGCGUCUGAAACAUUAGGGAAAAAGAAUACCGCACUGGCUGCUGAAUCAUAGACUAACAUGUCAGCAUAUGAAUGAAACCAGAACUAUGAAAGCGCGUGGGCAUUUGAGCUUUACCUUUCAUAGAGAGACCAAUAGGUGACUGACUGAUUGUAUAGGAUUACAAUAGUCGCACCCAGACUAUUAUAGUUCUUAGGCAGAAAAGGGGGACCGUCCGAAAAUCAUGGAGUAUAGAGUAGAAAUAAAAAUUAGCUAGCGUUAAAAGAUUAAAGAAGACUGCAAAAAAGAAAUUGCCCGGAGCAUCUGGAACCUGUUAAAUAAUGGAUUUUAGCUCUAUUCGCAAAUUGAUCACCAGAUGGUGUGCUGGAGAGGAGAACUGGGUGGACACCAGGACGGUGUACAUCGGAAACAAGGAGCCCCCACCGGGAGCAGAGGCCUACAUUCCCCAGAGGUACCCCGACAACCGUAUCAUCUCCUCCAAGUACACCUUCUGGAAUUUUGUUCCGAAGAAUUUGUUUGAGCAGUUUAGAAGAAUUGCCAAUUUCUACUUCCUCAUCAUAUUUCUUGUCCAGUUGAUAAUUGACACUCCCACCAGUCCCAUCACCAGCGGACUACCUCUCUUCUUUGUCAUCACUGUCACGGCCAUCAAACAGGGCUAUGAGGACUGGCUCAGGCACAAAGCAGACAAUGCUAUUAACCAGUGUCCUGUGCACGAGGUGCAGCAUGGGAAGGUGAUCAGGAAACAGAGUCGUAAGCUGAGGGUGGGUGAUGUGGUGCUGAUCAAGGAAGAUGAGACGUUCCCCUGUGACCUCAUCCUUCUCUCCACCAGUAGGGAGGACGGGACAUGUUUUGUCACCACAGCCAGUCUGGACGGGGAGUCCAGUCACAAGACCUACUAUGCUGUGCAGGACACUAAGGCCUUCAUCACAGAGGAAGAUUUUGAUACUCUACAGGCUUCUAUUGAAUGUGAACAACCACAACCAGACCUCUACAAAUUCGUGGGACGAAUCAAUAUUUAUUCCGACAGAAACGAGCCCAUCGCGAGGCCUUUAGGAUCUGAGAACCUACUUCUCAGAGGGGCGACACUGAAAAACACACAGCACAUAUAUGCUGUUGCCAUCUACACUGGUAUGGAGACCAAGAUGGCGCUCAACUACCAGUCCAAGUCCCAGAAACGCUCUGCAGUGGAGAAGUCAAUGAAUGCGUAUCUGAUAGUGUACCUGUGCAUCCUGAUCAGCAAGGCUCUGAUCAACACAGUGCUGAAGUAUGUGUGGCAGGCUGACCUGGACAAAACCCCCUCUCUGACUCUCCUCCUCUCUGAGCCCUUCUACAACCAGAAGACUGACACAGAGUCGCAACGCCAUAUAUUGAUCCGGGCGUUCACAGACUUCCUGGCCUUCAUGGUGUUGUUUAAUUACAUCAUCCCCGUGUCCAUGUACGUUACCGUGGAGAUGCAGAAGUUCCUGGGGUCCUACUUCAUCAUGUGGGAUGAUGAGAUGUUUGACGAGGAACUGGGAGAGAGGGCUCAGGUUAACACAUCUGACCUCAAUGAAGAACUGGGACAGGUGGAGUACGUGUUUACAGACAAGACAGGCACCCUGACAGAGAACAACAUGGAGUUUAUAGAGUGCUGUGUGGACGGCUAUGUUUACGUCCCUGAUGCCAUCUGUAAUGGACAGGUCAUGCCAGGGUCAACCAGCAUGGACAUGAUCGACUCCUCACCUGGACCAGGGGGCAAGGAGUCUGAGGAGUUGUUCUUCCGGGCGUUGUGUCUGUGCCACACGGUACAGGUGAAGGAGGAGGAGACAGUGGAUGGCAUCAAGAUGGGUAUCCACCAGAACAAGGCCACCUCCUUCUACAUAUCAUCCUCUCCUGACGAGGUGGCACUGGUGGAGGGCAUGAAGAGGCUUGGCUUCACCUAUCUGAGGCUGAAGGACAGUCACAUGGAGAUUCUUAAUAGGGAGGAUGAGGUCGAGAGGUUUGAGCUGCUGGAGGUAUUGACCUUUGACUCUGUGAGAAGGAGAAUGAGUGUUAUCGUCAGGUCCACCACAGGGGAGUGCUACCUGUUCUGUAAAGGGGCCGACUCCUCCAUCUUCCCCAGGGUGAUCUCUGGCAAGGUGGAGCAGGUCAAAGCCAGAGUGGAGCACAACGCUGUGGAGGGCCUACGGACACUGUGCGUGGCGUACAGGAAGUUGAGCGUGGCUCAGUACGAGGAGACGUGUCACCUGCUGAACAGCGCCAAGCUGGCCCUGCAGGACCGAGACAGGAAGCUGGCCGAGGCCUAUGACCUCAUUGAGAAGGACUUCGUACUGCUGGGGGCCACCGCCGUGGAGGACAGGCUCCAGGACAAGGCAGCAGACACCAUCGAGUCUCUCCAGAAGGCUGGGAUGAAGGUGUGGGUGCUGACCGGAGACAAGAUGGAGACGGCGGCGGCUACUUGUUACGCUAGCAAGCUGUUCCGCCGCUCCACACAGAUACUGGAGUUGACCACCAAACGCACCGAGGAACAGAGUCUACAUGACGUUCUGUUUGACCUGAGUAAAACUGUACUCAGACAGCAUGGCAGCAUGACCAGAGACACCUUCUCAGGUCUGUCUGCUGACUGUGUGGACUACGGUCUGAUCAUCGACGGGGCCACCCUGUCUGCGGUGCUGAAGCCCAGUCAGGAGGACUCCAGUCAGGGGAACUACAAGGAGAUCUUCCUGGAGAUCUGUAGGAGCUGCAGCGCUGUGCUCUGCUGCCGCAUGGCUCCCCUCCAGAAAGCACAGAUUGUGAAGCUGAUCAAAUCGUCUCCAGAACACCCCAUCACGCUAGCCAUUGGAGAUGGGGCUAAUGAUGUUAGCAUGAUCCUGGAGGCUCACGUGGGGAUCGGCAUCAUGGGUAAAGAGGGUCGCCAGGCAGCGCGGAACAGCGACUACGCCAUCCCGAAGUUCAAACACCUGAAGAAGAUGCUGCUGGUUCACGGACACUACUACUACAUCCGCAUCUCAGAGCUUGUCCAGUACUUCUUCUACAAAAAUGUCGCCUUCAUCUUCCCUCAGUUCCUCUACCAGUUCUUCUGUGGCUUCUCCCAACAGCCGCUGUAUGACACAGCCUAUCUGACACUGUACAAUAUCAGCUUUACCUCUCUACCCAUCCUGCUCUUCAGCCUCAUCGAGCAGCACAUCAACAUGGACAUCCUCAAGAAAGACCCCUCCCUCUACAGGGACAUAGCUAAGAACUCUCUCCUGCGUUGGCCCAUUUUCAUCUACUGGACCUUCCUGGGGGUGUUCGACGCCGUCGUCUUCUUCUUUGGUUCUUACUUCCUGUUCAACAACAGCACCUUCACCAGCAACGGACAGCUAAUGACAACCAACACACAGAUGAUGUUUGGUAACUGGACGUUUGGGACUCUGGUCUUCACUGUGCUGGUGUUCACAGUCACCUUAAAGCUCGCCCUGGACACACACUACUGGACGUGGAUCAACCACUUUGUCAUCUGGGGCUCGCUGCUUUUCUUCGUCAUCUUCUCUCUGCUUUGGGGAGGCAUCAUUUGGCCCUUCCUGAACUACCAGAGGAUGUACUAUGUGUUUAUUCAGAUGUUGUCCAGCGGUCCGGCCUGGCUCAGCAUAAGCCUGCUCAUCGUCAUCAGUUUGCUGCCUGAUGUGGUCAAGAAGGUCGUCUGCAGGGCCCUGUGGCCCACCACCACAGAACGCAUCCAGAAUGCAGACAAGCUGUAUAACGGCCAGCUAUCGGAGUUCACCCCGCUGGCAUCUCUCCACGCGCCCACGCGCAGGAGGGCCGACCACCAGAACCCCAUUCCCAGAAGGUCUGAACCCUUCACCAAAAAACUUAUGUUCACCCACUGGAGGGGCGGGCCCAACUACUGCACUUUCACCCCACUCCUCCGAUUCGCCGGCAACUCCCGUCACUCUGGGGCUGGCAACGCCCACAAUGGGGCAGGGCCUGAGACCUCGGUGUAGUCUAGAGUGGAGUUUAGUCUGAUUUAGACUGGAAGUCUAGACCAAGAUUUCAGUGUUGAGCAAUUCACCACUGGAACAAUCUGUCCUCUAGACAAUAGAUAUCUAAUCUAGACGCGUACAGUUACCAAUGUCAUUGUGAAAAAGCAAACAAACACCAAAUACACACAGAAGGACGAUCCACAUGAUCCACAGUCCUAUGGCUGUGUUGUGUUAGCACAAGGAGCUGAGUGAACUGAACAGACUUGGCUCCAGGCAAGCAGUGCCUGUGGAUUGGUGGAAAGGGCCUUGGCUCCACCCAUUAAUGUCUACUGUGGGUCCGAACCCUCAGACCCAUCCUGCAGUGUGUGUGUGUGUGUGUGUGUGUGUGUGUGUGUGUGUGUGUGUGUGUCACUCCCCCGUAUCUGUCUGUCAACUGUCUGUCAUUGAUGAUGUAAUUUAAAGUGUUUGUCAUGAAGGAUGUCACUCCCCCGUAUCUCCCUGCCGACUGUCAACUGUCUGUCAGUGAUGAUGUCAUUUAAAGUGUUUGUCAUGAAGGAUGUCACUCCCCCGUAUCUCCCUGCCGACUGUCAACUGUCUGUCAGUGAUGAUGUCAUUUAAAGUGUUUGUCAUGAAGGAUGUCACUCCCCCGUAUCUCCCUGCCGACUGUCAACUGUCUGUCAUUUGAAGUGUCAUAAAGCAGGGAUGCCCAGUAUGAAUGGAAGAUGUUCAGAGGUAUUGCAUGUGCUUUAACUGACCACACUUUCCUGUUUUUCUUUUGUCUUGUCUUUUCCUCUCUUCCUCUCUCUUUCUGUCCUGCUUUCUAUAGAACAAACUGGUGUUGCCUCUGUGCAUAUCUCUUAUCCAGGAACACGCCAUAAGACACUAGAAUUUUCCAGUUCAGUUGUAAGUGGCUAGGCCGUGAUAGUGGUUUAUCUCUACUGGACUAGAGACAGUUCUGUGUGUGUAGUAUCCCGUGUCAUAGACUGUCCUUGUGUCUACUGUGGAGUGAUGUGAUUAUACCUCCAUUCCCCCUUGUAACCGUCCCAUUUCCUGACAUGGAAGCUGAGGCAUCCUGCCUCACGUAGUGCUAAGGACCCACAGUGGGAAACCAGUAUGCAUGGGAAUCCUUUUCCGCCUUAACAUCUACACAGUGUUUCCUUUGAAAUACACAGUAGUCUGGAACCAAAGGCUCAGACAAUACUUUUUCAAUGGCUUGCCUUGCUGGCUAUUGCCUUACACUGAGACUGGGUGGGACAGAGGAAGAGAAAUUCUGCCUUACACCACACCAGGAUUGGUGGACAGUAUUAGAUAGGAGAGAGAACCUACUUUGUUUCUGGGCUUUAACGUUGUCCAUGUAGAUAUCUAACAUCUCUCACACUCAGAUCUGAAGCCUUUAAAGAGCAGUGGAUCUCUGUUACAGAAAUACAACAUGUAGAAUGUAGACAUUAUGCUCAGCUGCUUUGCUCUGUCCCUUGGCAUACAUAAUAUAGAACAUACCCAUAGAAGUCUCACACGAUGCGUGAGAGCCUCAUGAAGGUGUUAUAAGAGUGUUAUAAUUCUAUCACAAGAGUCUGUCAGGGGUCUUAACAUCUCAUCUGCCACUGUGUGCUCUCUCCCUCCCUCAGAUCCUCUCUGAUGCUUUUAUGUUUAAUUUUCUUUCUUCAUGUGUUUUUUUUUUACCUCUACCAUUUCUCCUCUUGUUCCUUUUGAAGUGAUGCUCGUGUGGAUCUGUCCUCUCGAGCCUCACUACAUCUCCUCCUCCUCACUGCCGCCUCCUCUCAUCCUCCACUCCUCCUCUCAUCCAUUCAUCCAUUCACUCCUUCAUCCGGUCAUGCAUCCCUCCAUCCGUCUCCUAAGAACACAGUCUGUGUGGUGGGUGUAAGGAGAGAGAGAACGAGAAAGGGAGAUGGAGGGGGGACUGUACCAAAACCAAGGUUUUUCUAGACACAUUUAGAUUUCUUGUGGUCCUGUGGUGCAUUGUGGGAUCUGUUCAAACCAAGAGGAACAAAAGUAUAUUGAUGUCCCAUAUAUAGAAAGGGAUGUUGUAAUACACAGUAUGUGUGUGUGUGUGUGUGUGUGUGUGUGUGUGUGUGUGUGUGUGUGUGUGUGUGUGUGUGUGUGUGUGUGUGUGUGUGUGUGCAGAUAUCUGUUUCAUUGAAAGCAGCAAUGAUAUUUAAGAUGGUCGUCUGUUAUUAGGUGUUAUUAUGAAUCUUCACUGAAAUGUAAAGACACUAAACAUUAUACCACAGUCAGAACUAUAACACUGGACAUUACACCACAGUCAGAACUAUAACACUGGACAUUACAACACAGUCAGAACUAUAACACUGGACAUUACACCACAGUCAGAACUAUAACACUGGACAUUACACCACAGUCAGAACUAUAACACUGGACAUUACACCACAGUCAGAACUAUAACACUGGACAUUACACCACAGUCAGAACUAUAACACUGGACAUUACACCACAGUCAGAACUAUAACACUGGACAUUACACCACAGUCAGAACUAUAACACUGGACAUUACACCACAGUCAGAACUAUAACACUGGACAUUGCUAUGACAAGGUUUACAAAUAAUGAAUGAAUUAGUGAAUGAUUCAUGAAUGAAUGAUUACAAUGGAUGACUAAAUUAUGAGUGACCGGCUGUAAGGAAGGAAGUGGAUGACUAAAUGAUGAGUGACCGGCUGUAAGGAAGGAAGUGGAUGACUAAAUGAUGAGUGACCGGCUGUAAGGAAGGAAGUGGAUGACUAAAUGAUGAGUGACCAGCUGUAAGGAAGUGGAUGACUAAAUGAUGAGUGACCGGCUGUAAGGAAGUGGAUGACUAAAUGAUGAGUGACCGGCUGUAAGGAAGUGGAUGACUAAAUGAUGAGUGACCGGCUGUAAGGAAGUGGAUGACUAAAUGAUGAGUGACCGGCUGUAAGGAAGGAAGUGGAUGACUCCAAAAAUGGUGAGAACUAGUGUUUUUAUCAGCACUUCUGUGGUCAUCUGUUAAUUAGUUAGAGGAUGAAUGAGACUGGUACUUAGUUGUUUAGGGUGUUUAUAAUGUUGACUGACUUGUUUGCUCUGCCUCUGUCAUAUACCACUGGAUGUAAUGAGCUUCUCUGUGAGUUUAUGAAUCAAACAAGCAUAACUUCUCUUUCUCUGACAGUUCAACACUCUCCAAACUGAAAUAUCUCUCUUAAUUGCUUUGAGGUCUAUUCCAUAAAAGCUUGAAAACUUGAAGCAAACUACGCCAUUAUAAGUUGACUGUAUUGUCUAGAAUUGAUUGUAUUGAUAUUCUUUGUUUGAUAUUCUGUAUAGCAUUUUGUCUCUGUUAGGUUUCCUGUUUGAAAAGGCCUAGAGCUCAACUCAAAUGUCAGUUGGUUUGGAGGAAAAUGUUGGUUUUGUGAGCGACAAACCCUCAGAAAGAUGGAGAAAGAGAGAGUAUGUGCAUUUGCCUGUUUUAGUCCUGUAGGUGUUGCUGGCUAUGCUUCAGAAUAUUGAAUGUAUAUGAAGCCUACUCCUUAAAGCCUGUCAUUAUGACAUAUAUCUGUGUUUUAGGAUCUUAGUAAUAUCAGCAAACAAGGAUGGAUGCUAUUGAACAAAACUCCCACGUGUUCAACUGUGAGCUAGCUUGUUGCUGUUAGAAUUAUGUUGGACAAACCACUGCAGUACAUCAACGUUUCCAUGUUCCAGAACGGAAAUGAUCACCAAAUACUGACACGUAGUAAGAAUGUAGUGUUUUUCAGGCAGCGACCCUGUUCUGAUCAGAAUUCUCUCAUUUAGGUAUUUUUGUACAUCUUUGAAAAAUCCUGUUUUGUUAAUUUUUUUUCUCCAACGGUAAACAGCCUGAGUGAACAAUCUUAAUUUAGCCACCAGCUUUGCAACUGUCACGGGGAAGAGAGACAUCACGCAAAUGAAACAAUAUAGCUUUACAAUUCUGCUUUCUGUCAAUUAAUAUACUAAGAUAUCCAAGUACAAUUGUCUCUUCUGUGUUCCUGCACUGAAAUAAUACAUGUUUCUCGCAUGAAAUAUGGGUUUGUUUUUAAAGAUACUUUGAAUGCCAUUGACUAUGGUUUAAGGUGUGACCAAAUGAAUAACUAUAGUAGAUGUUUAUUGUUCUAAUAUAUAACUUUAUUGACUUAGUGAGGCUUGAACUUUACAGCCAGCCUUUACAGUUUAACAGAAUGUGUAUUUCUCUUCUGCAAUGCAUCGGCACAUAGCGUUAUGACAUCACUCAUAACUUUGACUAUAUUUACAUCUAUGUAUACUUCUGUACACUCUUUAAGGUGUGUAUAUAUAUAUAUAUAUUACUGUAUGUAGUAAAGGUAAUUCAUGUACAGUUUUGGGGUCUUUUUCUAUACAGUUUUUAACAGAUUGAAUUCUGUAGAUACAUGUGGAUUUUUGCCAGCCUUUCUGUAGCUAUCAAUGGCAAACAAAUAAUUGUACAUGUGCUUGUAAUAAAACCAAAAAUAAAA